AUGGCUUCCAUGGUCUCAAAAGAGAAACCGACCUACGAGUCGGUCAUGGCUUGCUUUCGGAAGCACCAGGCAGCCGGUGACGAUGUGUUGGACUGGGCCGUCUUCUGCGACGUGCUGCAGAGCUUGGAUCCCGACUUUUGCACGGAUGCCCUGCUAAAAGAGCUACGCUCGCGCUUCUUCGCUCCUGGAGACGACAAGCCUCCGGGCAUCGACAAGGGCGCCGUGCCGGUAAAGGUGGAGGAUGUGGUGAUGUGGAUCUUCGACAUUCAAGAAGGAGCUGUGCCCUCCAUCAAGCGGUCCAUCUCCUUGAAGAAGCAGAAGACGGGAGAACUUGAAGAGUCAGCCGAGGAAGGCGAAGCAAUUCGGGCGCGAACGGCUGCCGGCUCCGUGGUAAUGUCAGUUCCAAGAAAGGACCUUGACAAGACAGUGGGGCAGCUGCGGAAGGACGUGGCUGACGUGUUUCAACGCUGCAUCGAUGAAAUCAAGUUCGUGCUCGACCAGCGGCAGCUCGAGGCCAGCGGAAUCUCGAUGCAGCUUUUUGUUGCAGUUUUUCACCCUCGCGAAGAGAUCUUGUGCGCUCUUGCCAAGCUGAAGGAUGAUGAGAUAUCUCGGACAUUGCUGCGCGGUGAGGAUGUUCUGGAAUUGCUGGUCGUGACGCAGCAGAUCCCCCAGUUCGACGGGAGCAUUCCUGCAGUGGAGCAGCUUUCCACGCUGUCAUCCUCGAUGGAGUACCAGAUUGACGCAGCCACUCACCUUCGAAAAAUUCUCAGCGUGGAGCGGGAUCCGCCGAUUGACAAGGUACUCACCCUCGGCGUCGCACCGCGCCUCCUCGAGCUGAGUCAACAGAUGCUCGGACUCUUGAGAGGAUAUGUGGAACUGGGCCCCAAGGAUGGAUGCGCCGACACCUGGCAGCCGGAAGGGAAGCUGCAGUUUGAGACGUUGUGGGCCAUCUUGAACAUUGUCUCGGGAGAUGUUCACCAGACGCAGGCAAUCGUCGAUCUCGACGCCGUCCCGAUCAUUACCAGUCUCCUGAGAGACUGCACGAACAGCGAUGUGCUCGAGCAGGGUGUCUGGGCUCUGGGAAACAUCGCAGGUGACUCUGUGCAACACAGAGACCUGUGCAUUUCCACUGGCUCGUUGACCGAAGUGCUCAAGGUCUUGGAGGGCACCACCAAGACCAGCUGCAUCCGGAACGCUACCUGGACCGUCUCCAACUUCUGCCGGGGCACACCGAAGCCGAGCCUUGAGGCGAUGCUUCCGGCACUGCCGGUCAUGUCUCGAGUGCUGUACAGCACAGACCAGGAAGUUCUGACAGAUGCCCUUUGGACGGUCUCGUACGUCUCCGACGGUACAGAGAGAUACAUCCAAGCAGUUCUGGACGCCGGCGUCUGUCGGAGGGUCGUGGAGCUCCUGAGCCACGAGUCGCCUCAAGUGCAGACGCCAGCGCUCCGCACUGUGGGCAACAUCGUGACCGGAAGUGACACCCAGACGGAUGCCGUGCUCGCUUGUGAGCCGGAGCCACAGAAAUGCGGCAGAUUCGGCCUCAGUUUUGCGGGUCGCAGUCCACGGAGUGAGAAAAACUACAGGUUCUGGGCCCUGCAUGCAAAGAAAAGCAUGUUCAGCUUGAAUUGCUUGGCUGGCGAGGCCUUUCCCGGCUCUGACUAG